AUCUGCAAGAAAUAUAUCCAUUGGUGAUGUGAAAACAAAAGCUAUUUCGGUUUAAAAAAAUGCGCUUUAUCUGCACAAUUUAUACUUGUUUUUCAUCUUAGCAGUUGUGGACCAAUAAACAUUCACCUCACAACGCACAGGUAAAGUCAUAUCAGAAUGUAAAUGUCCCACAUAGAUAAUGAUAACUUAUCAUUUCGUUUAUUAUGUAGUCCCAUGUAGGUAUGAACCGUUUGAUUAAUAUGAAGAAUUUUUACUACUUGUGUAUCAUUUUCUCACUCAGCUUUACUUGGGGUCAAGCAAAAGAAGAGGAAGGAAGCUGCCACUGUUCACUGGUAGGAACUGUAUCGAGCGUCGAAAGCGAAUCUAUUUGUGACGAGAAAACAUUACAAUGUAAAUGUCUGCCAAAUGUUACCGGUUUAAAUUGUGACGAAUGCAGUUGGGGCCAUUAUGGAAUUAUUUCGAGCGUAGGGUGCACAAGUUGUUCCUGUAGCGCUCUUGGCUCGUUUGAUAGUCAUUGUGAUGAGGAGACGGGGCAGUGUUCGUGUAAAAAGGGACGUUCUGGGCUGACCUGUGACCAGUGCGAACCGCUCAAGUAUGAAUACGAGGACAGUUGCAUUGACUGUAAUUGCGAUGCUAUCGGAUCGGAAGACCUUCAAUGUGAUAGUACUGGGCAGUGUCCUUGUCGCGAAAAUGUUGAAGGCACGCAGUGUAAUCGAUGCAAGGAAAACACGUACAAUCUACCUGAGGGUUGCAUUCCAUGCCCUCUAUGCUACGAUUUGGUACUAAGCGAGGACCUUCCCUUUAAAGAAAACCUUACCGCAACUGCAAACGUAAUCAAUGAAAUAGCAGAACAAUUGCCGUCCCUAUUAAAGAAGCAUGAGGAUUUCAUCAAGGAAAUUCAGUUGCUGAACGACAAAAUAAGCGAGCUGAAACCUAACGAAACAGAUUUAUCUCUUGAGAUCGAUUUUUUUGAAAUGGAACAACAACUUACAGAUUUUGAAAACAACUUGCAGUCCUCCAUCAGCAAAUUGGAAGACUUACAAGCAGAGAGAUACGCAAACUUAAUUGCAGAGUUAGAGACGCUUUUAAAAGAUUCCAAUGCUUUACUACAGUCUGCGCAAACUGAAUUGGAGAACGCCACUACGAGAUCUGAGGCGAUACUAACGCACAAUAACACCAUGACGGAAUUGGCUAAAUCUGCCGAGUCCGAACUGGAAAAGAUUGAGAAAGCUGCCGAUGAACUAUCUGGAGCAUCCGAAAAGAUUUCUGCGCUUGCUGCUGAAACAUGUAGCAAUGCAGACAAACUUGAAGAGACAGAGAAGAAGCUUGCGGUCGAGUUGGGCGAUCUGCUUUCAGAGGUAACCAAAACCUCCGACGGGGUUUUGGCCGCGAAGAAGUACGCGACGGAAUUCAAUGAGCAAACAAAGCAAACGCACCACGAAGCUCGACUUCUACAGGGAGAAGCGGAUGCAGUUGUCGUACCGGAAGGGGACGAUUGGCACCAAGACUUUGCCGCCGUGGAAUCCAGUACCUCGGCAAUUCAGGGAGUGAUCAAGGACGUUGGGGAAACUGGAAAAGAACUUGAAGACCAACUAGCAUCAAUGGGUGCCUACCUGGCAAGCGUAGGCGACCAACAAAGCGCUAUGGACGGAUUUCUGACGACAGCGCUGGGUUACCAAGCCAGGGCAAACUCCGCUAGAGAAAUGAGGGCAAGCUCUUUCGCGCAAGGUUUGGGCUACAUGGCUGACUACGAAGCGUUUCAAAGAUUCCAACAGUCAAUUAGAGAGCUGAUGGAGCGAGUAGCCGGCAUUCAGGCGAUAAUCGAUUUCAUCAAUCAACACGCAACGGAGACAAGGCACAUAUUCGAUGAACUUGUGGAGAUCAUAAAGGAUGUCGAAAACUUAAAAUUGAAAAUGGACGUCAUCUUAAAGGUCGUCGAAGCCAACGACAACUACAUAUUGAGCAACAUUAAUUUAAUCGAGGAGAUCGAGAGAGAAGACCAGGAGAUAGUGGCAAAAUUGGAAGAGUACGAGGUGCAACUCAAAAGUAUUCGAUACAAUGUGGACGAGCUAAACAAAAUUGAAGAAGAAACUGAUGAAAAAAUUAAAGAGGUGGAGUUGUACGUACAAUUGUUAGAUUUGAUUCUCAGUGAGCAAGAUGUUAUGGAGGAAGAGAUAGUGAAACUGGAAAGUAUAUAUGACACGGUUGAUGAAAUGACGGAACUGAAAGAAACGUUAAAAGAGGAGGUCGCCAAUAUCAAGGAAAUAUUAGAAAGUUUACCAAUUGAUGAUAAUAGUCUCUGCGAAGCGCCUGAGAGUGAACCAAAACUGGAGUAGGCGCUCCAUCAAAUAUUAACAAAACACGAAACUACAUUGUAAUAACAAAAUUAUUUUAAUUAUAUUAUUUAAUUUUA